CGGUGAAGUGCGGAUUAAUCCCAUCUGCUGUGAUGCGGUCCGGGCAUCAGGAGUUGGAGAAGUAGCGGAUUUAAAAACUUUCUGUCUGCAAGUGUUGUCCGUCGAAAUAGCGCUUCAUGAAGAGUCCCUGAUUUCCAAAAGGGAAAUGAUGGCUUUUUAAACGGUGCCUGUCGUCCUCGUCAGCCUAAAGCUUCGUGUGCUUUGCUCCCGCAGCGCACUUUUUACCACACUAAUUCAGAAACUAUGGGGUCUUCAGGUGUUUCCACAACUCUUUCAUCCAGCCAGCGCACGGUUCGUGCUUUUGAACAAUUCGAUCGAAGCAGACGACACAAUGGCGGCAUCGAUCCUUCGCAGGAAAAUUCCCCCCGUUUCCACAGGCGAGCUCAGCGCUCCCCUUCUCCGACAGGCUAGCCCCAGCCAAUCACGGCCGCGGACGGGGGCGGAGCCAGCGGAGAGGCAGCACUUAAUUGGUGAUGGUCACUCUGAUUGGAUGACGGAAAAAGUUGAUUUGUCUUCAUUUGUAUCUACGACCGAGUCUUCUCCAAGCUCAUCUCUUCCGCCCUCGCCGUUAGAACAAGAUGUCAAGGUGCCCUCGGAUCUGGAGGUCAUGACCUCUCUGCUGCAGGAGGAGCUGGCUCAGCUCGAGGACUACUUCCGCUCUGAGUCCACAUCCACCGCAAACAAGUUGGAGAAAUCUUCAAAAUGUGAUAAGGGCGCCCAAGCCAUGGGCUCCCAGUCUUACUACCAGUUACCCUAUGGCUCGUAUGGGACCGGCCAAUCAGAAGCCAGCCCUGUGGUUGUUACCUUGGCAACAGGGGAGCUGGACCUGGCCAGCUUCUGCGGCGGACCCAUCAGCAGAAGCAAAAUCGCAAGACCCGCUCCAUACAACUAUCACCACCGCUACCACCACCACAACAACGGUCGAAGAAUCCUCGGCGAGACCGUGAAAGUCGCAGAUGAAGUUGGACUUGAUACGUGGGGCUCCAGGGGAUGUUACUCAGGAAGUACAGAGCUGUCUGUGAACCACUACUCGACGCUGAAGACGGUGAGCAAGAACAGCCUGGGCAGCAUCAAGAAGGUGAGAGAAUGUGCUUUAUCUUUGAAGGAAGAGGAGAGUUAUUGUUUUUCAGAAGGAAUGUUUUGCAGCGAAGAGAUUGCUCGAGGUUUUUGUCUGGGUGGCUCGUACGAUGGCCACCACAAGCGAGAGGGACAGUUGAUGCACAACGUGAAGGUCAAUGUAAGUUACGACAGCACGGGGCUUGAGGUCUUGCACUGCAGCAAAGACGGAGGACUUUCCGGGAGUAUCCCCCAAGAGACAAUGGUGGCCGGUGACGGCUACUUCCACCAGUCCAUGGCCAGCACAGAACCUUACCAUAGCUUUAUAGGUGACCUAGAUCAGCCGUCACAAGCACAGGCUGUCGAUCCCCAACACGGCCACUACCUCUACCCGGAAUGCCUUGCAGACCAAAGCUACGAAUGUCUGUCCAGAGGGGAGGGCGAGGGGCCGCUGCUGGGUGGCCCCAUCCACCGCCCCACCCAGAGGCUAAAGGAUGAGCCCUGCUCCGUGAAACCAGCUCUGGUGAUGAGUGCAGCGUCUCUGGACGCCAGCAGUGGUGAGAGGAAGCAGAAGAAAAGAGACCAGAACAAAACUGCUGCUCACAGGUACAGGCUGCGUAAGAGGGCGGAGCUGGACUCUCUGGAGGAGGAGCUGCACGGUCUCGAGGGGCAGAACCGAGAGCUUCGUGACAAGGCGGAAUCGGUGGAGCGAGAAAUACAGUACGUCAAAGAUUUACUCAUCGAGGUCUACAAGGCUCGCAGCCAGCGGCUCAAACAGGACGGCAGUGCCUAAACGAAAGAAAGAAGCCCGACGCCCAUGCUGACCUCACCUCCAAACCUGCCCAGCCAGCACCAAGAGAAAAAUCAAGUCAAGAGCACCAACUGGUUUUUGUCUCACAAAUGGUAGUUUGCAUGAUUUUGGUAGUUUUUUCUUAAAAACAAAUAAAAUGAUGUAAUUGUUCCGAGAGGAUGACUGAUCGUACAGAAAAGACCAGACGUUUCCAAAUGGGUGACUAAACUAUAACCAGCCUUAGCGAGGCGGCUUCCAGAGGAGAUGCUGAACUUGUCCGUGACCACUGUGAUCUGAACUGCACUCGCAGCCUUGUGACGACUGAGUUUGCGCUCACGACGAAGGAUCGUUUACAAAACGCUCUUUGAAUUAGUAGUAGUGACUGAAUUUACUUGUGGUUUUUUGUGACACGCGUCAGCAGCAUCGAGGCAGAACCAUGCGAAAUCUAGAUUUUAUUUUCUAUUUUAUUUUUACUUAAUGAUGUUCAUUUAUCAUUUGCUUACAACAAUCAACCGAAUAAAGGGAUUGCUGGAAAACCUGUGUAACAUGCUCUACAAAUAUUCAUUAUCAGCAACAUUUAGAGAAUUUGUAUUGCUAAACUGUUGAGUAUUUACACCUCUUUACCCAAUGCAUGUUUGAUUUUGGAAAAGCAUGUGCGAGUGUUAUUUGAAGGCAAUAUUCUGUUAACUGCAUGGCUUCAAGAUCUCCACUGCGUCAGUUUCACUGAGUUGACUUUCUCCCUCUCAUCAGCUGGCGACUUUUCUCCCCCCGCCAGCGUGAUUCAUGCUCAGGUUUUGCUUUCUGCUCUGAGAGACACGAGCGUUCGCUGGCUUUCUUUUGUCCUUUCCUUUUCCCUCUCUUCCGGCUGUAUUUUGCGAACGAACAAUCACCUGUUGACGCAACAAUAAACGGUUGUUGGGUACGACUUUGUGGGAAUUUUGUUUUCAAUUGAUCAAUUGAUGUAUCUGAAAUUCAGGUCCUUUUAAUAGUCGAUGUCAAUGUCAGGAAAUGAAACAUCAGGUCAAUGACAGCCAAAUAAACCAGUUAUGUAGUAUCAUCCA